GGGGCCAGUGCCAAGGGUAGCACGCACGUCCGAAUUUCCGAGCCAAGCCCCGCGGAGCAACCGGAAGCGCAAUUUCACUUCUGCGCCCUAAGACGAAAAUAUGAUAUCGCCCACAAAAUUUCACAGCCCGUGUGCUUCAGCAUACCUUGAGAUAUCCGCAUUCCUCUUUACAGCUAGAUUCCCUCGAAUGGAGACGUAAAUACCCGUUCUAGUUCUGAUGCCCGCUGCUCUUGCUGCAGGUAUUGCAUCUCUGCGCACCGGGACCUAAUCGCGAAGCGCAGCCAUUAGCACCUCCAAACAGGUAAUUGGGCCCCGCAUUCAGUCAGCUGAUAUUUAAUCUCCGCAGAUCCAGCUAACUUCGGAACCUCCUUUGGAUCCUCUUUUUCUCAGCACCCAUUCUCUGUGUUUGUUCUCGCUAUCUCAGCUCAGCUUAUAAAACAUAGAAAAUGAGGCUCAGCGUGUUGGCUUGGGUGGCCACCGUUCUCGCGGGAUACGCCCCAUUUGAAAUAGACUGCCCUGAGGGGAAUUUGCUUCGGUUAGCCAACAGCCUUUCUGAAGAAGAAAAUGACUGGGUGACGGAGAGACACAAAGUCACGGACUCGUACCUCGAAACGUUUCUCAAUGACGCGAUGUUGGACGAUUUCGAUGCGUCUUCGUUCCUCCGCAAUACCACCAAUAACCGGUCCAUCACCAUUGGCCUUGCCUUUUCCGGCGGCGGCUACAGAGCCAUGUUGGCCGGUGCGGGACAGCUUUCGGCGCUUGACAACAGAACCGAGGGUGCACAUGCCGAGGGCUUGGGCGGCUUGCUCCAGGCAUCGACGUAUUUGGUCGGGCUUUCCGGGGGAAGCUGGCUCGUUGGAUCCGUGGCAAACAACAAUUUCACCAGCAUCCAGGACAUUGUGGACAACAAGAUCGAUAUCUGGGACUUGGAGUACUCGGUUGUCAACAUGGGUGGCUGGAACCCCAUCGAGGCAUACCAGUACUAUAAAGACCUCUACGACGACGUCAGUGCCAAGGAGGACGCCGGGUUCGACGUUUCCUUGACUGACACUUGGGGCCGCGCCUUGUCGCAUCAGUUUUUCACUGAGCAGAGCGACUAUGGCGAGAACAUUUUGUGGUCCGGGAUCCAGGACAUUCCGGAGUUUGCCGACCACGAAAUGCCGUUUCCCAUUGUGGUGGCAGAUGGCAGGACGCCCGGAACUUUUGUCAUCAGUGGAAACUCCACGGUGUUUGAGUUCAACCCCUUCGAAAUGGGGUCCUGGGACCCGUCUUUGUACGCGUUCACGAAAACCAAGUACUUGGGCACGGAUGUAUCGGACGGCGUCCCCGUGAAUGGCUCGUGUAUAGGCGGAUUCGACAACUCGGGCUUUGUCAUGGGGACGUCUUCCUCGUUGUUUAACCAGUUUGUGUUGCAGAUCAACACCACGUCCUUGUCCAGCACCAUCCAAAGUCUCAUCAGCCUGUUUUUGGAGGACAUUUCGCAGGACGAGAAUGACAUUGCCCUGUAUAAGCCCAACCCGUUCCAAAACUUCAGUGAGGCCGGCGUCGACAGCAUUGUGCAGAACGACACCUUGUACUUGGUCGAUGGCGGCGAAGAUUUGCAGAACAUUCCGUUGUACCCGUUGUUACAACAUCCUCGGGAAGUCGAUGUGAUUUUCGCCUAUGACAACUCUGCGGACACGGACGAGAAUUGGCCCGACGGAGCGUCAAUGGUCGCCUCCUAUCAGAGACAGUUUUUAGAGCAAGGCAACGGCACCAUCUUCCCCUAUGUGCCCGAUGUCAAUUCGUUUCGCAAUCUCAAUUUGACAGCCAAGCCAGCGUUUUUUGGAUGCAACGCCAGAAACCUCUCGUCGUUGCUUGCAGAUGAUGCAGAUGAAGACGAUGUGUACGACUCGCCGUUGAUUGUGUACACGGCCAACCGGCCAUUUUCCUUCCACUCAAACACAUCCACCUUCCAGCUCUCGUAUGAGGACCCUGAAAAGCUUUCGAUGAUUCGAAACGGGUUUGAGACCGCGUCUCGACUCAACAUGACUUUGGACGACGAGUGGAAAACAUGUGUGGCAUGCGCAAUUAUCAGGCGUGAGCAGGAACGCCAGGGCAUUGAACAGAGCGACCAGUGCAAGCAAUGUUUCGAAGAAUAUUGCUGGGACGGCACAAUCGAUGACUCCGCCCCGGGCGUGAACUUCACGACAGAGGGGACCACAGAUGAUGCUGAGAAUACUGGUAAUGUGAGCACCAGUUUUGGGUACUCGCUCAUCAGAUCCAACAAGAACUAUGCGCUUCUUCAAGCACUCGGCUACGGGCUUCUUGCGGUCGUAGUAUGUACCUAUUCUGCUCUCUGAGACACACAAGCGACAUCGAAAUUAGCUGUGGAACAAUAAACCUGUAUCGGAAUACCGAUGAAACUAGGACGAUUUUUGUCGAAUAUUAAAGUAAUCCGAUGCACCCGAUUGCGUCUUUUUAAAAGCGCUUUAAUUUUGUUUGAAAGUGUACCACGCAAGAAAACAAUUUCUCCAGUAAUUGGCAAUUUGUUUCUAGGUUCUUCUCGGGAUUUCUGGUAAUGUAGCCUGUAUACCCAAAAUAUUAUCUAAAAUUACUGUUGCUUUCCUUCUGUACAAUUUUGUGUUGUGGGUUUGGUAUCAAGCCAUG